GGCUCCGGCGUCUGGAUUUUCCGACGCCCGAUCGACUUGGCCAGCAGCACUGAUCCGGAUUCGUGAUCCCGAUCUUCCCGCAGAUCGUGGGACUACAUUUCCCAGCAUGACUGGUGGGUCUGGGAAGUGGCUCUCGUGUGAUUUCCACACACACACAGACAUCAAAUUCGGAAGAAGUUUUGUUGGACCAAUGAUCCCAUUCCCCCCCCCCUUCCACCUCCACUCCCCUGCGCUUGGGAAGGGUGGAAGCCCGGGCAGGACGGCUUAGAGGCACGACGCAAGACAAAGGGAGCUGGCCUUUCUUUGCUGGGUGGUUCUUCCCUCAUGACCGCUCGGCGGCCAGGCAGCGCUUCCCUCGCCGCUCUCGGAGGACGCGCCCGGCGAGGCCGAAAGGAUGCCUGACUGGUAGAGCACACGCCGCGCCGUCCCUUAGUUUCUCCGGGCAUCCCCCCUCUCCAGCGCCGCUCUCCCGUUGCUCUUCCGCCCGGCCUCCGGCGUCGGUUCUGUUCUGCUGCUGCUGCGAAGAGGAAGCCCUGUAAAUGUUUAGCCUUUGGCUGCCUUCCCUCUCGCCUUUGGGGACCUUCCUUCUUCUGGCGCUCUGCGCAUCAGCGGGAGGCAGCCAGCUCAGUCCCGAGCGCAGCUUGAUAUGGGGACCCGGCCUAAGAGCAGAUGUGGUCCUCCCAGCGCGGUACUUUUACAUCCAGGCUGUGGACACUGAAGGGAAGAGGUUUACUGUUUCUCCAGGUGAAAAUGCAUUUCAGGUGAAGAUCACAGCCCCAGAGGAGCAGUUUACGCGAGUAGGAAUGCAAAUCUUAGACAGGAAAGAUGGCUCCUUUAUCGUGAGGUAUAGAAUGUAUGCAAGCUACCAAAAUCUGAAGAUCGAGGUUCAAGCCAAGGGAAAACACGUUGCCAGAUCGCCAUAUGUUUUAAAAGGGCCUGUCUACCAUGAGAACUGUGAUUGCCCUCAGGAAGAUGUGAAUGCUUGGCUGAAAGAGAUGAGCUGCCCAGACACUAUAGCUCAGAUUCAGAGAGAUUUGGCCCAGUUCCCCACUGUCGAUCUGGAUAAAAUCACCAAAGAAAUUCCACAGCGGUUUGGACAGAGGCAGAGCUUGUGCCAUUAUGUCAUAAAAGACAACAAGGUUUAUAUAAAGACCUAUGGGGAACAUGUAGGCUUUAGGAUUUUCAUGGAUGCUAUCCUGCUUUCUCUGACAAGAAAAGUCAAAAUGCCUGAUGUAGAAUUUUUUGUCAAUUUGGGAGAUUGGCCUUUGGAGAAAAAGAAAUCUUCUCAGAACAUCCAUCCCAUAUUCUCAUGGUGCGGAUCCAAUGAUUCAAAAGACAUUGUAAUGCCAACUUAUGAUCUAACUGACUCUGUACUAGAAACAAUGGGGCGAGUCAGUCUGGACAUGAUGUCUGUUCAAGCAAACACUGGUCCACCCUGGGAAGAGAAGAACAGCACAGCCAUAUGGAGGGGUCGGGACAGUCGUAAAGAGAGGCUCGAGCUUGUGAAAAUGAGCAGAAAAUAUCCUGAGAUCAUUGACGCAGCGUUUACGAACUUCUUCUUUUUCAAGCACGAUGAAAGUCUCUAUGGCCCCAUUGUGAAGCAUAUUUCCUUUUUUGAUUUCUUCAAGUAUAAGUAUCAAAUUAAUAUUGAUGGCACCGUGGCUGCAUACAGGCUGCCCUAUCUGCUAGCAGGAAACAGCGUAGUGCUAAAGCAGGAUUCCAUCUACUAUGAGCAUUUUUAUAAUGAGCUACAACCUUGGAAACACUACAUUCCAUUUAAAAGCGACCUAAGUGACCUCUUAGAAAAACUCCAGUGGGCAAAAGACCAUAACGAAGAGGCAAAAAAUAUUGCAAAAACAGGACAGGAAUUUGCAAGGAAUAACCUGAUGGGGGACCAUAUAUUCUGUUAUUACUUCAGACUUUUCCAGGAAUAUGCCAGACUGCAAGUGAGUGACCCUGAAGUUAGAGAUGGCAUGGAGAAAGUGGAACAGCCUGAGGAUGACCUCUUUCCCUGUAGUUGCCACCAAAGAAAGAUUGCUUCUCCAGCAGCUGGCAGUAGUGGUGGACAAGGAGCACACUGGAGGCAGCAAGGGUCGCCCCAGCCAAUGAGGAUGCUGUCGCCAUGCUCCUCAGCUGCUGUCGUCCAGCUGCCUGCCAGACAAGCAUGCCCUGCAAUGGAGGAAGGGCUCUCUUGCCCAGCCAGCCAUAGAGGAAGCUCUGCUGAAAUUUAAAAUAGUCAAAGAGGAACUUUAACAGGAAGAAAGGUAUCUGUGGUUGGAAAUAUUUGCUUGUCUUGAAUUCAUUUGACAUCAGAGAAUAAUAAAAAGUUGUGUGUGUAGUAGACUGAA